AUGUAUGCUCUUCCAUCGUCGGUCGCAUCAAGCACAGAUGGCGAAAUGCUAUCGUUCGAAAGCAUACAAUUAAGUACGCAGGGUGCUGAGCGACAAAGAAAAGACAUUAUGAAACUUGCACUGCGCUUUGAACUUCUGAUGCGUGAGCGCCGUUGCCAACCAGAUUCAGAGAAUCUCAAUGAUGGUGAGCUGCUCCAAGAAGUCAUCAACCGCUACAACAACUACAAAGCCAACAAGGCCAUCAAGAAGUGGCAAAUAUCGCCUGACCAGCAAGUAAGUCAAGACAUGAUCGACAACAUGCUGACAGCCUUUAUGAACGGGACCUUUGAAUUGGAUUACACACAGGAUUUGGACGCGUUGAUCAUGGCAAAACCCGAACUCAGUGUGCAAAAGGUUGCGAUGUGGCAAGACUACAUUGGCAAGGAGCUCGUGAAGCAUGCAGCAGGUGGCACCAGCAUGUCAGCAGCAGACCAAGACUCCGAAGUAUUGGAUGCAGAGGAUAUUCCAAUUAAGGGCAUGGUCCUCAUGACAGGGCCAAUAUUGGCCAGCGAAAGCGUCCUCAAUGGCCUACGUGGCGAGUACCGGCGCAUUGAAGACAAGUUCUUGUCAAUGGGCAUGGAGAUGAAAUCGAUCCAGAUAAUGAUCGACAUCUCAUCCCAACAUGGGAACCGGAAUUUGCCAGCGUUGCUUCCUGGGUGGAUGAUCGUGCUUGAGACCACCCUUGGCUGCAAGCAAGGAACACUUUACAAGGUGCCAAGGAAUGCUGAGAAGGAGAAGCAGGACACGAAUGUCUUUACAAAGAACAUGUUCUGGACCACAGGAUGCUGCAAAUCAUCAGUUCCUUUGAAUCCCAGUGAUUACGUCACCCCUGAAUCUGGCACCUUCCUGAGCCAUGAGACUGGCCAAACGAUCUUGGUGCACCACCUGACCAUGUAUGAUGGGACUUGGGAGAAGGUGGUUUGUGAGAUGAUGCAUGAGUUGGCGGACGUGUGCCACAUGGCGUCCUACUCGGAGACCGACUCACCUGCCAUCUUCCAGUUCGCCGUGGGUGGGGUCAAAGACAAACUUCUAGAGGAUGAAAGGGAUGCAGAUUGGCGAGUUCGCUUGAAAAACUUCGAUGCAGUUUUCGAGCCUGUUCCACAACCUGAAAGAGCACCAACACCACAAGAUGAGAACAAGGACUUGUCAGUGGAGCAGCCCCAGGUUGAUGCUGUGACAUCCAGUGCGCAGGUACCACCUUCUCUCUCGCCAGAUGAGUUCAAGCAAAAGUUUCCUGAGGUGACUGCCAGUGUCACGAUCAACAUGGGACAAAACAUCGUGUGUCAUUGCGCGCAGAACAAGAUCUUCAUCUCUAGUGCUUCCAGGUUCCUCCUGGCAGGACUGGACGCAGCCAGCCCAAAGGCAUUGUUUGUCUAUGCUGGCGGAUCAUGGAUAAGCGACUCACCGAAGGCCCAGGGUGACCAAAAUUUGUGUUUGUUUACUUUGAAACAAUCUUUGUUUCAGGCAAAGGACUACAUGUCAAAAGCUGCCAACGAAUCCAAAGCGGUGGCUUUUGAACUGGCAAAUGCAGAUUCUACAGCCCCUUCACUUUUCAGAACACCUUUUAAACUUGUGAAGUUCUAUUUUGUUUUAUUUAUCAAAUAUUUAUAUAUAUUUAUAUACAGUAUCCAUAUUAAAUAUUGCUUUUCUGAGAGGUGCUACUUGAAGAGACCAGUGCUGGGGGUGCAGCUUCGGAUUCCUUUCCGAUGUCACUGUACAAGCUGUUGA